AUGGGCCGUUUGCUCGGCAAGGCAGCGACACGUUCAUCAUGGUGUCUGCUAGUGGGAACAUCCUGUGGGCCUGCGAUUCCGAGACGAUUCUUCAAACUUUCUAGACGGAGUCAUGACUUUGUAAAACCCGUUAUCGAAGGAGACGAGUCCCACCGAUUCAGGCAGAUCGCGGCGCCAACCUUUAACGAUCGAACUCACGGCUCCACCUGGACCGAAGCUCUGGGGCAAGCGGCAGCGCUGCUCAAGCGAUGGGACAGUAUGCAAGCUCCUAUCCUGCAGCCAAACGAAGAAGUGACAAGGUUGGCCCUACAGGUGAUAGGCUUCGUGUGCUUUGAUCGGCAAAGGGGAUGGACAGAAGCUGUUGGAUCUCGACACAAUCCGCCUGAGGGACACCGUAUGAGAAGUUAUUAG